CCGGAUUCAGGAAGAAGUCAACCCACAUUUACAAAGAGCUAGACAUUUUUUAAAGUUAAAUUCGUAUCGGACCAACAUCAGAAAUGUACAGCGAGAUCUGCCUUCUUUGGUAGAUUUGGUAUACAUGAAUAUACAUUCAUUAAUAAUUAAUAGACUUAGUAUUAGUAUGAAUCAAUAAUUAUGUCAUAAAUGAUAGUAGUAAGUAGUAGUCAAUAGUACUACAAGUUACUACAAGUCAGUAGUAGUAGUACUUUAUUUAACUAUAACUAUCAUUAUGAUUCAUUGAUAUUAUUAUUAUUAUCGAUCAUUAAAUUCAUUAAUAAUUAUAUAUUAUUAUCUUAACUUUGAUGUUAAAAAAGUAUUAUGUCAUGCUAUGCAUAUAAUAAUAUUGUCAUUGAUCUCAAUCUAGUAAAAUACACUUUAGCGGGGGCGGGGGGAGGGGGGGGGGGGGGGGGGGGUGUCUAAUGUAUAACUAUUACCACUGUUAUUAUAACUUAAAAUUACUAAUCGUAAAAUAGUUUCAGUGGCGUACGUAACUAAGUUAGUAAAUGCCACCUGGGACAAACUCCCAACAUGUGCCUCUUAACACGCACAUAUAUUAUCAUUAACCCUUAUGAGGCUGAGCCUUUCUGGAGUGUCAGUGCCAAGAAGUCUGAGCCCUUUUUACAAGCGCAGCACCAGGGCCGGCCCGACAGUUGCUGGCACCCUGUGCAAGCUUAACUUGGCACCCCUUAUAUUUAUAAUAAUUAAAGGAAAAAACUUGUUAUUCGGUAAUGAUUUUAUUAUCUAUGGUUUUUUUUAACCAAACAAUGAACAGUUCAUUGUAUGUCAAAAAACAACAACAUAGCCUUAGGUAAACUUUCGCUCUGUGCGAAGCACCUGUUCGGCGCCCACUUCCCUGUUUCUGUAUGGCUCCGCUUUUUUCCCGAUUACGACGUACUUUUUCUGCUUUGCGCUUGCAAUUUUGCGCCCCGGAAAGCUUUUUGCUCCCCAUAUUCUUUCUGCUGAAAUAAUUGUAGAGGGACAAGGAAAUACAGUAUUAAUAAAUUAAUUUCCACGCCCUUUCAGUUGGACCCAACCCGAGUGUUAGUAUCCAAAUUAAGAAUGCACCUUUCAAUGUAUGAAACUCAUUGUAUGAAAAGCGAUUGUACGAAAAGUUAGAAUACCGUUUCUCGACCCCAGACCCAAGGUUCACACUUCACUAUAAUAACUAAGGGAAUUCAAAUAUUUACUUCUCCGGCGCCCCGAGGGCACAGGUCGUACACCCUAAAGGCCGGCUCUGACGGCACUCAUAUUGAAAAAAAAAAAAAAAAAAAAAAAAAAUUAAUAAACUAUAAUUACUUUACAAGUAUAAAACUAUAUGCAUUCUUAUAGAGAUUGAAUGAAAUAAUAAAAUCCUUACAAAUCAAACUCAAAUUUCAACAUUUAUGCAAAUGAGAUACCUUGAUUAGCAUAAUUUAUGCAUUUAAUAUUUUUUACACUUAGAAUAAAUAUGUCUUACUUUGCAGCAUUUGGUUAAAUUUUAUGUUGGUUGAAGCCUAAAUAAGACCUAACCCAUAUUUUAAUAAGAUGCAGUGUGAAAAACUAAAUAAAAUAUUCCCUGGUGGCUGCUUAUGCCUUUUGGCAUAUUCAAGGUCACAUAUUUUUAAGCAUUUAUAGGGUUCACUAGGUAAAAAAAAAAUUAUAUAAAAUGACAGAACACUAUCAAUGGAAGCCGCCAUUAAAAUGACGAAAUGAGGAAGAACUUGGAGAAGCAAUCUGAUUAGCUGGUACGAAGAUCAGCCAGCCAAUCUUGAGGCUUGAAUUAUCAGGCCAAUAGAUCGGCUUUUCGUCUUUUUCGCCAUUUGACCCUGGCGAUGCGGUCUCAAAGGGGUUAAUAUAAUUUAAAAUAUAAACCCCAGAUCUGCUGCCCAGUGUUGUCAUCUCCUUUGCACACUAAGAACACCACUGUUGAGUGUACUUAUGGACUUAAAUCACUAGGGGCCUAUACUAUAUACACCAAUAAGUACUAAACUUGACUUAAGUAAAGGUUAAGGGGACUUUUUUUUUUUAACUUUUCAAUAUCUGUUAAAUCAUAACACAAAUUUCUUUAUAUGAAAUUGAAUGUUUUUAUUCAAAUUAAUGUUUAAAUUUUAAUAUUUUUUGUUAAAGUUACAAGUUUGGCCUUAGCCUUAGGACUCUUGGCGCAGAAUGGUAGACAUUUAUUUCUAUCAGAGAAGUUGAUUUGGACAUUUUAUGGGGUAGAACCAAUAAUAGAGCCUCAGGAAAAAAAUGUCUAUUUUUACUAAAGUAUAUAUGAAGAGUCGAUUUUCAAAAUGCGGUAUCCACCAUUUUUGAAAAAAAUUAGAUAACUGUACAUUCUUGUAAAGCAAACCAGGUUCCUUUAGGACAUGUUAAAGUUUAUCUACAAAACAUAUUUUAAUUCUAUAUUAUUGUAUGUCUAAAAAUGAUUUUAUUUUCAAAACGCGUUUGAAUUUUUUUUUUUUUUUAUUUACAAAAUGCUGUAUAUAUUUUUGGACCAAUCCGUGAGAUUGGCAAGCUGAUUCUGUGGCAUUCUGCGCAUGCGCACUUAACAUCACGAAGCGAAACGGCAACAAACAUGGUAGUUAACGACAGCCUGGAUGAAAGAGUUGUUUGUACUAUAAAAUCUUGAAAAUAAAAAUAAAAAUAGCUCAACACGAAAAAAAGAAAAAUAAUUUCGUCAUUCAAGCGGAGGAAAGUUACCCUCCGUUACGUGUAAUCAUGAUAAAGGGUUCUGCAAGGUGAAUUACCGGUAACUUUAUUAAAUAACCACUAAAGUUCAUUUUACAUUAACAUGGUAAAACUGAAAGUUACUACACAUCAGAAGUGUAAUUGAAAUGAACAUAAAAAGUUGCUUUACAGAGUUAGCUGUGUUAUUUAUUACACAUUCAAUCUUUCACUUGCAGAGACAGCCAUUACAGAAGAAAGGGUGUUCAAGGACAGAAAUAUUUGCCCUCUGAUUUGAAUGUAAAUAAGAAGCAUCGACUUGUCCUGGAACAAAACCAAACUGCUAUUGAAGAUGCUGCAUACUCUAAAUCAGACUCUUCAUUAUGUUCUAUUUUGUUGUUCUAAAUUCAAAUAAAAUGAUUUGUGAAUUGAGCAUUAUCUUGUUUACUUUUGUUUAGAAUUCAGAUUUAUAAAAAAAAUCAUGCAGACUUAUAGCACUCUAAACUUUACACUAUUACAGGGGACUUUCCAGCAUUUAUAAUACUGUUCUGUUAAAAUAUAUCAAUAAAAAGAUUAAUCAUACACAAUUAUAUAAUGUAUAUGAUACAAUUUUAUUUUAGUUUGUUAUGUAGGUGGCUUGUAAUCUAUAAACAAACUAAAUUAUUUGCUACUGGGAAUAAUGUUAUGCUAUCAAAAUGGAUAUACAGCAUUUUUUUGCUAAUUUAUAGGUGGAUACACAGCAUUUUGAAACAAAAUAAGAAAUUGAAAAUGGUAAAUAAAUACAUUUUAAUUAACCUACAUUUCAAUUUUCAUCAUAAUCUAACUUAUAUUUUGAAUAUAUACCUAAAUUAACAUUUACUUUUCCGAAAAUUUGAGCCAUCAUUGUGUAGCAAAAAAAGUCGAAUAUCUCAAAAACGCCAAAAAUGGAGAAACAGCAUUUUGAAAAUCGACUCUUCAUAUAGUAUUAGUAACAAAUGCUAUGAAGAGGGCAUCCAAGCCAUAUUAUUGCUUAGUCUUCUUGUCUCUGCCUUAAAUAUAUAGUGAAUUGUUUUAUUAUUAUAUUUAUUAAUUUAAAUUAUAAUGCUUUUUUUUUUUUAUCUACUAAUAGCAUAAAUAGAGUAUCAAGUUAUCAAGUAUCCAAUAAAUGAGAGUUCCAGUGACAUCUAAGAAUGAGUGACUUGUCAUCAUCGUUUGACUCUGAUUCAGAGGAUGAAAAAGUGCAACCAAGCUUUUCAUCAAGGUUAGUCAUUUCUGUAAUGUAAAGCAGUCACCUGUAGAGUUUUACAUUAGAUUUUACACCAUUCUAUCUUGGAUGAAUGUCCAAAUGACAUAACUAAUGCUUUUAGCACUUACAAAAUUUAGCUGAAAUUACUGUAAAAUGUUACCACACUUUCAUCCAUGUUGUGGCAAGAAUAGGAUACGAUUUUCUGGAUGUUAAGUGUUGAACAACUCAAAAAUUACCUUUUUUCUGUUACAGGCCUUCAAAUCACCAUGAUACACAGUCUCAAAAUGAGGCCAGGGAAAAACAACAUAAAAUUCAAAGUCUUCAGCGGAGACUGGAAAAAACAUCAAGCCAUGGCACAGCACAGGGAUUGAAUAGUGGUGAACAGAAUUUAAGUGUGUCCAAUCCUUUCUCAAGGUCAGGGGCUAGACCAAAGACACAAAAGGAACCCCUUCAUGGGCUAUCAAACAAGACUGAGUUUAGACAGGCAGCCACAAGCCAUGGUGACAGUUCUUGGCAGUUUGAACAAAGACAUCAACCUGUGCCUCAUCACAACCAAGAGUCUUACAGGCAAGCUCAAGAUCCCCAGAGACAAGCACCUGCGCGUAAUGUCCAAAAUGGAGCGCAGGGUCAAGAAGAAUUCAGAGCCAAUUCAAAUUUCAACAGACCUCCAAGGGAUUCCUACAGGCCACCUGGUCACAAUGGUGCAGGCCACAUUGGCUACAAUAAGUUGAAAGAAUGGGCAGAGAUCCAAAACUCAACAAUAUUGCUUUUCCAGAUGAGCUCAGACUUGCAAGGCCUGGCCAAGUUGUUGAACCAAGACAAGUUGAACUUUGACUGGGUUGUGCUGCUCAUCACAGCCCUCAAGAAGAUUCUUGGUGCCCAGUCUCAGAAAGGUUUUCUCCAUCACGUCCUAAAGUGUGUGUGUGAUUCCCACUUUCUAGAAUUGCAUCUCUUUACAUUUCUUCAAGAUAUGCCCAGACACAGAUGUACAGAAAUGUACAGUAUUUUUAACAACAUCAUUGUUAUCUUGGACUAUCUGAUUUUGAACAUGAACUCUGACAAGGGCAAAUGCAAUCGAUCUUUACUUACUAUUAUGGAAAUUGGAAAACGCUUGAAUGUUAUUACUGAAGGUAGUGACUUGCUCAUUAAAGUCCAGAGACUUAUCGGUUUAUCAGAUGGCAAUUCAAAACAUAAUCAAAAAUCUUUUUUGCAUAAUGAGCCCAUCAUAUCUAGAAGACAGAGGUUCAUUCCUAGAGCUGAUGAAGAGACACCCCCUGACAGCUAUGCAGAUAUUGCUAUAUUUCCAGACACAGACGAACUGUUCUCUCCUGUUGAACCAUUUCUGAGAGCAAACAAAACAAAAGGACCUUACAGAGACCUCCAACAUUAUCUGGAUGUGCAUGCAAGAUUAAUGAAAGAGGACUACCUGUCCCCAAUCAGAGAUGGCCUUAAACAUUUUAAGGAAAAUUUUCAAACUGGAGAAAAAAUCAGUGAAUCUGAUCUCAGGUUCUAUUACAAUGUUCAGCUAACAAAAAUGUCAUGUGAUGCUGAUCAUGGCAUCACAUACUUUGUUAGGUUUGACAACUCUGGCCUGAAAAAUGUUAAUUGGGAGUUCAGCAAGCGUCUUAAGUUUGGAUCCUUGUUGGUAUUUUCUAAAGACUGUUUUGAAACAACCAUGUUCGCCACUGUUGCCAACAGAGAUGUGAAGCCCCUGGAAGAGGGAAUCAUUCAAGUUAUGUUUCAGAACAAUCUUGAACAAGUUUUCACUUCAUCUGAACAUGAUACUUUUGUAAUGGCAGAAACAACAGCCUAUUUUGAAUCUUACCGACACGUUCUGGAGGGUCUACAAGAAAUGCAGAGUAUCCCACUUGAGAGAUAUAUUAUUGGUUGUAAGCGUGAAAUACAUCCUCCAGAAUACCUGAACGAUGAUACCAUCUAUAAUCUUGCAAGUUUACAGAACCAAAAUAGUGACUAUUUACCCGUGACUGUUUUAGAUGACAUAGAAUGGCCAGCAGCAUAUCAAACACAGUUGAAUGAUUCACAGCUUGAAGCAUUACAGUUGGCUCUGACAAAAGAAUUGGCCAUCAUCCAGGGCCCACCUGGGACUGGUAAAACUUAUAUUGGUCUAAAAAUUAUGAAAAUUCUGUUAGAAAACUUGGAAAAAUCUGGACCUGUUUUGGUGGUCUGUUACACAAAUCAUGCUCUAGACCAGUUCUUGGAAGGCAUGCUUGACUUUUGCUCUGAAGGUGUUGUCCGAGUUGGUGGCAGGAGUUCAAGUAAACUCCUUGAGAGAUUAACUCUUAAAGCUCUUCGUCGAAAUCCACCAUUAAUUGAUCGCAAAACUCAAAAUAAUAUAAAUAAAAAUUUAGGCAUUUGCAGAAAAGAUUUGAAGGAAAUCAGUCAACAGGUAGAGAGAUUUUGGCAGAUGUCUUUACAGCUGGAAACAACUAUAGUAGAUAUUGAAGAUUUAAAAGAUGAAAUAACAGAUGAUCACUACAUUAGCCUGAGUGAUUCACGUAGAGUUACCAGCAGCAAUCCACAUGUUCUACGCACUUGGCUCAAGGCAUCAAAUGCCAAUAUGGAAAACCAUCUGGCCAAGGCUGCAAAGCGCCACCUGGCCAAGGUCAUAGCCCGUGGAGAUGAAGAGAUGAGUGAUGACAAGGUAAAAGAUCUCCAUUCGGCUGGAAAACUUCUCUUUCAGGACCGGGUAAAGAUAUACCACUACUGGCUGAACAAACACAAAAAGAAACUAGAAUUUGAAACUGAGUUACUUCUUUCGCGUGACUCUGAUGACAAUGGAAAGGUUGAGAUGCUUGUACAUGACUCAGAAAGAGCUUCUUUGGACAUUCUCCCAGAUGAUGAACUAAUGCCUUAUAUGAGCACCAAUGUCUACAUGUAUAUUACACAAUGGAAGGACUAUGAGAGCAAAGACAUUGAAUUUGACAAUGACUACAUUAGGUAUUGGCUCAGCAUGAAUUUUAAAAGGGCUGACGAGUUCCUUGAUGCCAUCGAUCAGCUCUCCAGCGUGAAAAGUGAAGGUAACCCACAGAAUAAACAGCGCACCAAUUUGGCUGGUUCUGACAUUCACGACUUUGAAGAGCCUUGGGUUAUUGAGGAAAGUGACGUAGAUGAAACAGAUAGCGAGGCGGAAGAUGAUUCAGAUGAGACUAGGAGUAGAAUAGAUGACAUUGACGAUGGUGGGGACGUUCACAGGUUAAACUUUAAAAUUCUGGGAGAAAAUUACAAAGAAUCAAAAACAAAAGAGAUUCAUUUGUUGCUCCGGGCAAAAAUGUUGCAAAUUGAUCUCACUGAAACCGCUGAAGAUAAUGAGGAUGAAGAAUGGCAGACCACCAACAACAUGUCUUACAGCAAAGUAUUUAAACUUUUCCACAAAACAGUCCCAUUUACAGAACAACAAGUAUCAGAAAUAACUGAUGUGUGGAAGCUUCCAUUAAGGGAUCGAUAUAAAUUAUACAAAUACUGGGUAUUAGAAAGAAAGAAAAAAUUAAGUGAGAACUUAAAAAUAUUGUCCACAGAAUACCAAACAGUGCUGCAGCGCAAGAAGGAAGCACUUGGAUACAAAGAUAUUGCCAUCUUGGAAAAGGCGAAAGUUAUUGGAAUGACUACAACAGGAGCUGCUAAGUACAGAAAAGUUUUGCAGGCCGUAGAGUGUCGUAUUAUAAUUGUUGAGGAAGCUGCUGAAGUUCUUGAAGCUCAUAUUGUAACCACACUAAACCCAAAGUGUCAACAGCUGAUAUUGAUUGGUGAUCACCAGCAAUUACGUCCAAACCCCACAGUCCACAAGCUGGCCAUUGAUUACAACCUGGAAAUAUCUUUGUUUGAACGCCUGGUGAAGAAUAAUCUACCGCGUGUGACUUUAACGGAACAGCAUCGAAUGCGGCCAGAAAUUUCCAGAUAUGUUAAACAUAUUUAUCCCCAUCUGGUUGAUCAUGCGUCUGUGGAAGAUUUAGCUAGCAUUAAAGGGGUGGAUUCUAAUGUUUUUUUCUUGCAGCACUCAUUUGAGGAGAGUGGUGUGGAUGACAGCACAAGUAGAUCCAAUGUUCAUGAGGCUAAAUUUCUUGUUGCACUAUGCAAGUACUUUCUCCAACAUGGGUACUUAGGUCGGCAGAUAACCAUACUAACGGCUUACAGUGGCCAGGUCGCAUGUAUAAGAAAUGAGAUGGAGCCAGAGGAAAGUGUUUUUGAAUUUGUUAGAGUCACCUCAAUAGAUAACUAUCAGGGGGAAGAAAAUGACAUUAUCUUGCUGUCCCUUGUGCGAAGCAAUACAGAGAAUAAGGUGGGUUUUCUGAAAACUGACAACAGAGUCUGUGUGGCUUUGUCCAGGGCAAAGAGAGGAAUGUUUGUCAUUGGAAAUCUCAACUUACUAGCUUCAAACAGCAAACUGUGGACAAACCUUUUGAUGACUGCCCGUGACUACCGUGUUACUGGGCUCCACAUGAAAUUGAUUUGUGUUAACCAUCCCCACCAUAUUACCUAUGUUGCGAACCCUGAAGAUUUUCAAAGAGAGGUUCCAGAAGGUGGUUGUAAUAAACUAUGUGAAACUCCACUAUCUUGUGGGCACCUGUGCACUAGAAUGUGCCAUGCUUCUGACAGAUUUCAUGAAGAAACAAAAUGCCAACAGCCGUGUUUGAAAACCUGCCUACAAGGUCACCCAUGCCAAAAAGACUGCUAUGAAGAGUGUGGUGAUUGUGAAGUUCGUGUCACUAAAUAUAUGCCUCUCUGUGGACAUGAUGAUUUGGUGCCUUGUUCAAAAAAUGUUGAAGAUGUUACCUGUUCACAAAAUUGCGGCCAGACGAUGUCUUGUGGUCAUACAUGCCGUGGUCAGUGUGGUAGGUGCAUGAUGCAAGCUCAGCAUCAAGCUUGCCUAGAGAGGGUUGAUGUAAUCUGGCCUUUGUGUAAGCACACUGUAAAUGUUGAGUGUAGUACUGACCCAUCUGUUGAUCCUUGCCCUGAGAAAUGCACAGAACGCUUAGAGUGUACCCAUAGAUGUAAAGGGACAUGUGGCGGGUGUCUGUCAAACCGUGUCCAUAAACCUUGCUUAGAAAAAUGCAAGAAACCUUUACCAUGUGGUCAUUUUUGCUCUGGCCCGUGUGGGGGUCAGUGCGUACCAUGUGGCACUAGGUGUUUAUCUUCCUGUAGGCACAGUGAUUGCAACAAAACAACUUGUGGAGAAAUCUGUGAUCCUUGCACUGAAAACUGUGCACUGGUUUGUCAACAUCAGCAAUGCAGCUUGCGUUGUAUGGAUGAGUGCCCAGCGCCACCUUGCAGCAAAAAAUGUGGUAAACCUGUACCUAAAUGUAAACACAAGUGCUUCUCUUUGUGUGGGGAAGCCUGUGUCUGCUAUAAAUGUGAAAAGGACAAAUUUACUCUCAUCGAUAACAACAAUUCGAAAAAGCCACAAAUAAUUGUUGCUCAUGAAAAACGUGAACGGGCUAAAAAGUUUGAAGUUGAUUCUGAAACUGUUUUGAUGAAGAUCCCCAAAUGUGGACAUAUAUUCACACUGACACAGUUAGACAGAUGGAUGGAGGGAUAUGACCCUAAGGGCACUGACUUUAUCAAAUGUCCUGUCUGUUCUGCCCCUGUACAAGCUAUUGCCAGAUAUGAAAAGCUGAACAAAGGUAGACUUGAAAGAAGGGAGAACAAAAAAUCUGCGCUGAUCAAAUCAGCCAUGGUUUCCAGUGAAGGUAUUGCCAGCUUAAAGCAGUCGAAAAACAUUGUUAAGGAUGGCUUCUGCUCAGUGGAUGGAGGGGACUUUCUGACUCGAAAACCUGAAGAAAUAGAUACUAAUCAUGCUCUGGCUCUUUCUCUACAAUUUCGUUUUGCUUACGUGCUAAGAAAAAUUCAUGACAUCCACCGUGACUUUAAUGAAGAUGUGGAUUUUAAAAUAAAGAAAUGGGAAAAGGUCAUCAAAUCAAUUCACAGAAACAUCACAGAUCAGUUCCAUAAGGAAAUGACCCUAGAGCUGCACCGACUGUUGUUCCUGGAACAGAUCAGUAUUUUGAUCAAGUUUCUGCAGGACAUAAGUUUGAAACUUCCCUCGGAGCUUAAGACAACCUGCCGUGCCAUUCUGAAAGAUAACAAACAAAAGCUGACAAGUGAAGAUAAAGCAGCUUUCCAAUCUAUUAUAGAGACCCUUUAUGAGAUGUUUAAUGGCCUUGACCAGGAGGAUUACUGGUAUAUCAGAGUUAUCAAACUGAAGAAGCUCUCCAAAGAUGUGAUGAGAGUUCUUGAUGAACCUAUCGAUAAGGUGAGUACAUUUUAGAUUUAUUUAAAUUAUUAUAAAAUAAUUUUGAAGAAAAAAAAACUUUCAUACAUUUAAGAAAAACAAAAAUUAAAAUUUUAUUUUUAAUAUCUGAAAGUUGCCCACAACAAUUCCUUAAAACAAUGUUUGCUUAGGCCAGUGGUCAGCAAACCGCGGCUGGCGAGCCACAUGCGGCUCUUCAGCAACCUUGAGUGUGGCUCGGCCAGUUGGCCGCAAAUCGCUUUUGACUCCGAAAAACAUGGUUUUUGAAAGAGAUUUGGCUCUCAAUUUUUUUUAUAAUUGUCCUGCUGCUGAUUUUUGGCUGAGUUUUCCGACCACUGGCUUAGGCAAAUGCGUUACUUUUUUCUACAUAAGACUGCACGGUUGUAGUUUUAAUUCAUUUCUUAUUUACCGCUACCAAUAUUUUACAAGAUAAUAGUAUCUAAUAGUAAUAGUUCUAACAUAAAUGCUAAAGUCUUGUGACUAAACAUUGUGGAAAAGAAAGCAUUUAAAUGAAAUAGUUAUAAUUCGUCCUUAAUUUAUGUGUAACAAAGACUCUGAAGAAAUGAAAGAAAUUUUGUCCUUGCAUAAACACUAUGAAGAAAUGAACACUAUCUAUUUGAUUGUACAAUGGGGACUACCAAUCUAGAAGCUAAAAAUGAUGCAAAUCUUUAUUCACCUUAAUCAUUGCUGAGUAUAGCAGCUUUUAAUAGAGUAAAAAUGUGAUGCUCUUUGGGAUUCAUACUGCCUUUAAAAAAAUUAAAACACCCACUUCAAUAAUAGGGUUGCAUACUGAUUUAUUUUAAGAAAUCAACAUUAGAUUAUCUACCUUCAAAUAUAUUUGUUUAAACUUUUAAAAUAGAAGUCAUUGAAAUAUCUUCCCCCUAAAUGCAUGCAUACUGUGUUUACUCAUUCAUUUUUUGUUUUUUUUUGCUUACAGGAUCUCCACUCAAUCCUAAUGUGAGAUCCCAUCUUUCAGUCCAAUAACUCAACAAUUGUUCAGUACAGAAAACAAGCAUAACUUGGGUAAUCUAGCAUAACAAUGCAGAUAAAUUUUAGAGGAUGUUUCAACAAGUUUUAAAAUUGCAUUGAAAUAUAUCAAGUGUGUUUAUGUUAUUUUUAUGUAGUAAUGUUUCAACUUGGAAAUUAUUUGUAGAAAAUCAAUAUUUGGAUUUAAAAAAUGAACUAUUUUAAUUUAAAAUCUGCACAUUAAUUUUUACAUAAACUUCAGUUUUUAUUUGCAUAACUUUGAUAUGUUACUUUUAGUGAAAGCCUUGAAAUAUUUUUUAAAUGUAUUUUUAUGGCUGAUGUGAAUAUCUUAAAUACUGUAUACUUUGAUAUCAUAUGCCUGUACAGCUCAACUUAAAAUCUCCCUGUGAACCCCGCUUAAAGGAAGAGCUCUUAGAUAAAUUUGUCAAAUUUAUACAAAUAAUGUGUACCAUUAUAAAACUUAAUUUUUCAAAC